CCGUACGUGCGGUGAAACAGUGGUGCAUAAUGUGCGGUGGUGGUUGAUUACCUUUUGUUCUUAUUGUUUCGCGAACACACCUAAAAAGACACUCUGUGCCCGUGCAAGGUGUUUGCGGUGGAAAAACAACCAUCGUCAGAUUAACCGUACGUGCAUUGUAUAAGCGCGUGAGUGAGUGUUCGUGUGUGUGUGUACGUGCGGGCGCGCGUGUGCAUGUGUUGUGUGGUGUGGUAGAAGAGAGGCAGACGCAGCGGCGCCCCUCCUCCCUCCUCUUCCAACAUUGAUUAUCCCGUUUCCCCGUGCACGUGUCCACCGCAAAGCGCCACCAAGUGUCCUUUCUGCGGGAAAGGAAAGGAACAGUUACAGCCCCGCGGCCCCCCGGACAACUAAUACCAUCACGGCAGGAUGUCGGGCGUGCGGGAAAUACCGGCGGAGGACAGCAUCAAGGUGGUGUGCCGUUUUCGGCCACUGAACGACAGCGAGGAGCUCGCGGGUUCAAAGUUCGUCGUGAAGUUUCCGUCCGGACCGGAGGAAAACUGUCUCUCCAUCGGGGGCAAGGUGUACCUGUUCGACAAAGUGUUCAAACCGAACGCGACACAGGAGAAGGUGUACAAUGAGGCGGCCAAGUCGAUCGUGUCGGACGUGCUGGCCGGCUACAACGGCACAAUCUUCGCGUACGGCCAGACGUCGUCCGGUAAGACGCACACGAUGGAGGGCGUGAUCGGUGACCCGGCCAAGCAGGGCAUCAUCCCGCGCAUCGUCAACGACAUCUUCAACCACAUCUACACGAUGGAGAUGAACAUCGAGUUCCACAUCAAGGUGUCGUACUACGAAAUCUACAUGGACAAGAUCCGCGAUCUGCUGGACGUGUCGAAGGUGAACCUGAGCGUGCACGAGGACAAGAACCGGGUGCCGUACGUGAAGGGUGCGUCCGAGCGGUUCGUCUCGAGCCCGGAGGAGGUGUUCGAGGUGAUCGAGGAGGGCAAAUCGAACCGCCACAUCGCGGUCACCAACAUGAACGAGCACUCGUCCCGGUCGCAUUCCGUGUUUCUGAUCAACGUGAAGCAGGAAAACAUGGAGAACGAGAAGAAGCUGUCCGGCAAGCUGUAUCUGGUCGAUUUGGCCGGUUCGGAGAAGGUGUCGAAAACGGGUGCGGAGGGUACGGUGCUGGACGAGGCGAAAAACAUUAACAAAUCGCUGUCGGCGCUCGGCAAUGUGAUCUCGGCGUUGGCGGACGGUAACAAGACACACAUCCCGUACCGUGACUCCAAGCUGACGCGCAUCCUGCAGGAAUCGCUCGGUGGUAAUGCGCGCACCACGAUCGUCAUCUGCUGCUCACCUGCCAGCUUCAACGAGUCGGAAACGAAGUCAACGUUAGAUUUCGGCCGCAGAGCAAAGACGGUAAAGAACGUGGUAUGCGUGAACGAGGAACUGACCGCCGAGGAGUGGAAGCGAAGGUACGAACGAGAAAAGGAGAAGAACACGAAGCUGAAGGGCAAAAUCGAGAAGCUCGAAGCGGAACUGGCCCGGUGGCGGGCGGGCGAAACGGUCAACGUGGAGGAGCAGCUCGAUCUGCAGCAGGACGCGAUGGAGGCGAGCACACCGAACGUGGAGGUGCUGUUGGGCCAACCGGCCGAUCUGCCAGUGCCGGCAACACCGGGCGGCGGUGGUCUACCACUGUCCGCCCAACCCGACACGCUCGAGGUGGAACGGGAGCGUCUGUACCAGCAGCUGGAUGAGAAGGACGAGGAGAUCAACCAGCAGUCGCAGUACGUGGAGAAGCUGAAGGAGCAAAUCAUCGACCAGGAGGAGCUGAUCGCAAACACGCGCCGCGACUACGAAAAUCUGCAGUCGGAGAUGACCCGCAUCCAGCAGGAGAACGAGAACGCCAAGGAGGAGGUGAAGGAGGUGCUACAGGCGCUCGAGGAGCUGGCGGUUAACUACGACCAAAAGUCGCAGGAAAUCGAGCUGAAGAACAAGGAGAUCGACACGGUGAACGAGGAGCUGCAGCAGAAGCAAGGCACACUCAACAGCGUCCAGUCGGAGCUGCAGCAGCUGAAGGAUAUGUCCACGCACCAGAAGAAGCGCAUCAACGAGAUGCUGACCAACCUGUUGCGCGAUCUGUCCGAGGUUGGGCAGGCGCUCGCCGCCGACCAGAACGAGAUGAAGAUGAACGUGGAAGCAUCCGCCGGCAAGGUGGAGGAAGAGUUCACCGUUGCCCGGCUGUACAUCAGCAAGAUGAAGUCGGAGGCGAAGAAUUUGUCCGCCCGGUGCGCUAACCUCGAGUCGCUCCAGCAGGACACCUGCAAAAAGGUGUCCGAGUACGAGAAGGAGCUGAGCGAGUGCCGGCUGCUGAUCUCGCAGCACAAGGCACGGAUGAACUCGCUGCAGGAAUCGAUGCGCGAGGCGGAGAACAAGAAGCGCACGCUGGAGGAGAACAUUGACGCGCUGCGCGAGGAGUGCGCGAAGCUGAAGGCGGCCGAACAGGUGUCGGCAGUGAACGCGGAGGAGAAGCAGCGUGCCGACCAGCUGAAGGUGGCGUUCGAAAGCCAGAUGGAUCAGUUGCGCGACGUCCACACGAAGCAGGUGUCCGCACUGCGGGACGAAAUUUCCGAAAAGCAGGAGCUGAUCAACGAACUCAAGGACACCAACCAGAAGCUGACGCUUGCCCACCAGCAGAUGACGGUCGACUACGAGAAGCUGAAGCAGGAGGAGCAGGAAAAGUCGUCCAAACUGCAGACGCUUAUGCUUACCGACGAGCGACGCGAGCAGGCCCGCAAGGAUCUCAAAGGGCUGGAGGAUACGGUGGCGAAGGAGCUGCAGUCGCUCCACGCCCUGCGCAAACUGUUCGUGCUGGAUCUGCAGGCCCGCAUCAAGAAGUCGCUAAACUCCGAGGACACCGAGGACGACGGUGGGUCGCUCGCGCAGAAGCAGAAGAUUUCCUUCCUCGAGAACAAUCUCGAGCAGCUGACGAAGGUGCACAAGCAGCUGGUGCGGGAUAAUGCGGACCUACGGUGCGAGCUGCCGAAGCUGGAGAAACGCCUCCGGACGACGGUCGAGCGCGUGAAGGCACUCGAGACAGCCCUGAAGGAGGCGAAGGAGGGUGCGAUGCGCGACCGCAAACGCUACCAGUACGAGGUGGACCGCAUCAAGGAAGCCGUGCGUCAGAAGAAUUUGGCACGCCGCGGACCGCAAGCACAAAUUGCGAAACCUAUUCGAGCCGGACAGCCAUAUUUGUUCAAGAGCGGUGGAACGGGUGCGGCUACCACGGCACCGGGCGGUACCGCCAUCAUACCGAAAGCAAUGGCGGACGAAAAGCGAAAGUCCCAGAUCAAGGAUAUGGACAGUUGAAUGAAUUGAUCUGUGUGAACACGGACACGGAUUAGUAGCUAAAGUGUGUGUGUGUGUGUGUGCAACCAAACAAAAACCCAUAACAAUGAACACAGUGAAAAUGCAACACAUGCAAGCGCGGAACGGGGGGUAGAGGGUGGGGGGUUGGUUUGAGGUGCUUGAGGAAAGGGAGGAGCAAGACACAACAGAACAUCCACGAAAAAAGCCCCGCAGAUUAUCAGGAACGAGCUAGGAUUAUCAAUGUAGUAGUAUCCUUUUUAAAAUCUCAAUAAGCGCAUUUUUAGAAACAGAAGAAAAAACACACACACACACACUUAAAUAACGAUCCAGCAGUUUACUUACACACACACACCACUCUCGCUUCCAAUCGCCCGUUAUGCCUCCCCCCUCGCCCUGCUUUCUUGCGUCCUUUUCUAUUCUUUUCUUUUUGUACUUUUAAACGGCACUCCAGCUCGUGACAGAAGAAAACACCAGGGAAUAGUGAAAGUGUAAAGAUCUAUUAUUAUUUUUCAUUGUGAGGAUUACUAUUAUUAUUAUUAUUAUUAUUAUUAUUAUAUUAUAACUAUUAAAAUAAUUAAUAUGUUUUGUCAUUUGCUUAAGUCAGCAGCAUAGAAACCGAUAGAAAGCGUGCCCGUGCGCGAGAGAUAAAAGAGAUAAAAGAAAGAGAACAGGAUAUAGGCACACACACACACACACACAACACCCUCAACAUUCACAUACUAUAAGCACACAGCAGAAAGAACGCAUACGAACAGCAGGGGCAUUGCAACGCUUGUGUUAAGGCAAUGGGGCUUACGGGCUAGUGGAAUGUCGAGAAAUGAGGGAGCAGAGUAAUGGGGGGGGGGGGAUGGAGAGGCAGAGAGAGAGGAGGGAAUAAAUGGUGCUUUUCGCUUCCCAAAAUCGAAAGCAGCAGGAAAGUUAAAGCAAAACAACAAUCUAAUAACAAUCCAAAGCAAAGUACUAGUAAUUAUUGCUGCUACUACUACUACCACUACCGCUACUGAUGCAACUAAUACUACUGCGCCGCUACGUCAUCGUUUUAAUGGUUGCGAAUCAUUCCUCUUUUAUUUACGUCGUCUUUCUGCCGUGCAAAAUGGGCCGGAAAAGUAAAAGAAAGGUAGUUGAAACGUUGCAGAAAAAAGUUGGAAGAGAUUUAUAUAGAAAACACACAAAAAGAGGGAAAUCAAACAGGCUAGAAAGAGGGUGUGUGUGUGUGUGUGCCGAAACAAUAUAAAAUGCAAGUAGAGAAAAGAUUUGAAACAACCCCCCACCUCCUCCUCCCCCUCCACAGGACCCGGAUGCAGUAUUUGCUUGACGGACAUCGGAUCAAGGUGGUCCGCUAAACCGUGUCUGGCUCUGCUGUGUGAAGCGAUCGGAACUCCUCUCACAUCCGCUUCCUUCACCCCCCUCCCCCCCUCCCAAUCCUCUACACAUGCAACCAAGUGUGCAAGUGUGUGUGAGUGGUUGUACUCUAUAUAUCUCCCGUUUUUUCCGAUCGAUGUCCGAUUUGUCGCUUCGCACCAAGCAGCAUAGGGGGAGGUGGGUUGGAGGAAGGUUGCUGCAAUAUAAACCGAGUAAGCUGACUGUGUUAGUUAAGGUGGGGACGGGCUUAUGCUAAGCAAAACUAGAGCAACAAACAAAAAAUUCUACUCAAUCCAUACACACACACACACACACACAUUUCUGCGAUAGGUAGACUGAUAUGUAAAUGGGAAAUGCUUAUUAAAAAAAAAACUCCCGGAACUCAUACCAAGGGCAGGGCAGGUCACAACAGUGAAUGGAUAUGAUCCGUUCCGUUGGUCGGUUGGUCGGGGCAGUAUGGGCGAACGUCCGCAGACCUAGACCCCUACAUCCCACCCCAACUCCCUCUCCCGCGUGUGCGCCGUGUUUCUGGGUGCUCGCAGAAGAAGAAGCAAAGGAUGCGUUGCUGUAGGAGAAAGAAUCCCUGGACCAGGAGAAGCACCACGUCAUGUAAUCACCACGCCGCUUCACGCCGUUGUUGCCGUCGCCCCCGUCGCAUUAAGCAAACACGCAAUGGAGUAUCAGUGUUUCGCCCCGAUGUCGUUGCCUGAUCAAUCUGCGCUAAUAAACCUAUUCUAACAAGCAAGAUAUAUAGCUCCCGAACCUCUUGUUGUAACCUCUCUCUCUCUCCCUUCCUCCCUCUCUUUCUCUCUGCGCU